UGUCCACGUCACACCGACACAGGGCUGGAGAAACAUGGCGGAGCGCAGGAGGCACAAGAAGCGAAUCCAGGAGGUGGGUGAGCCGACCAAGGAGGAGAAGGCGGUGGCCAAGUAUCUCCGGUUCAACUGCCCCACCAAAUCCACUAACAUGAUGGGCCACAGAGUGGAGUACUUCACCGCUUCCAAGGCAGUGGACUGUCUGUUGGAUUCCAAAUGGGCAAAAGCGAAGAAAGGAGAGGAGGCUUUGUUCACUACCAGAGACUCUGUGGUUGAUUACUGCAACAGGCUCCUGAAGAAGCAGUUUUUCCACCGAGCCCUGAAAGUGAUGAAGAAGAAACCCGAAAAGGAGCUCAAAAAGGAAAAAGAGAAGGAAAAAGAAAAGGAAAAAACCAAGAGUGACAGUGGGAAGGAGGAGGAGAAAAAGAGCAAAAAGGAGAAAGAAAAGAAGAAAGAGACUGAGGCUGCAGACACGAAGAAAGAAAAAAGUGAUGAAAGUCCAGGAACUCCAAAGAAGAAAAAAGAGACCAAGAAGAAAUUCAAGCUGGAGCCACAUGAGGACCAGCUGUUUCUAGACGGCAAUGAGGUAUAUGUGUGGAUUUAUGACCCAGUUCAUUUGAAAACAUUUGCCAUGGGACUGAUAUUAGUGAUUGCAGUCAUCGCAGCCACCCUGUUCCCUCUCUGGCCAGCUGAAAUGCGCGUUGGUGUUUACUAUCUGAGUGUUGCAGCAGGAUGCUUUGUUGCCAGUAUACUCUUACUUGCAGUCGCGCGGUGCAUCCUGUUCCUGAUCAUCUGGGUGGUGACGGGCGGCCGCCACCACUUCUGGUUCUUGCCCAACCUGACGGCUGACGUCGGCUUCAUCGACUCCUUCAGGCCCCUCUACACGCACGAGUACAAGGGGCCGCGCUCGGACUCCAAGAAGGCCGUAGGCGACAAAACGGAGGCGGCGGAGGCGGCGGCGAGGGCGGGGGCGGGGAAGGCCCAGAAAUCGGACAGCGAGGAGAAGGAAGGCGAGGCCGACGAGGGGGACGGCAAGGCGGGGGUUGUUGGCACGGCGGUGGAAGGCUCGGGGGCCGAGCGGCAGUCGGACACGGACAGCGACCGGCGGGAGGACGAGGGAUCGCAGCACAGCAACGGCAACGACUUCGAGAUGAUCACCAGGGAGGAGCUGGAGCAGCACACGGAGGAGGAGGAGGAGGAGGAAGAGGAGGGUGAGUACGAGGAAGAGGAGGAGGAGGACGACGACGAAGCCAGGCCUUUACACACAAAAACUUAAACAAAAAAAGGUGCUCUCCACUGGGACUGCGAAUUCCGACUCGCAGAAGAGAGAAGCUUUCCUAUGUUGGGUGAUCUUCCAAAUAUAUUGAAACACGUGGCAGUUUUGGCUGAAAAUAAAAACACAAAAAAAUAAUGAAGAUAUAAAAGCCUUAUUGUGAUAUUGAAUUCCUCCCACUGUCAGACCAGUCACACUAUUUGAAGUUUGUGGUUCUCCCGGGGAUAAUGUUAUUUUUUUCCUUUAGUCCUGUUUCUCUGUUGUGCUGGUUUUGUGUUCUUUAAAACCGUACUUGUUUUAGGAAACUCGUGAACUUAUAGCUGUGAUACAUCAGUAUUCAGUUUUCUUGGUUACUUUGUUCAUUUAGCCCCCUCAGCUGGGCACAUAUGCAAACUUUUUCUUUGUGUUUUUCUUUGUGUAGCUGAGCAACCGUAAUUGUACACUUAUUUUAAAAUGUGUCUUCUGUAUCUAAAAUUUAACCAUUCCGAACACCAAAGCAAUUGGUUGAAUGAUGCAUAACGGUUGUUCGUGCAUUUAGAAACCAACUAAAUGCUUGUGUUUAAGUGAUGUUUACAUUCUGAGACCCUUUAAGAAGAAAGUGUUGUAGUUUCUCUCAUCUUCUCUAUUUUGAAAUUAACCCCAGAAGUGUGUUAAAAUCCACAAAAUCUUAGUUAACAGGACAAAAGUGGGUGAACUGAGCUGAGGGGGCUGUAUGUAGUGUAAGCAUAACGUAGAUCCACUUUUAGGCAAAUUGGCAAAUUGUAAUUUCCGUGAGCAUGCGAGACUUGUUCAUUACACAAAGUGACCUGGUAAGUCUAUAAGUGUUAAAUAAAAAGCACGUGUAAAAAUGAGACAGAUUUCUGAUGUGAAUCCCCUGCCCUCUUACCGGUAUAGACCCAACUGUGCAAACUUCAGACGCCACUGCCUCAUUGAAAAGAUUAGCCAUCCUACAACAGCCUGAUGUACUGAACAGCCAGCAGAAGGCAGAGUCAAUCAUGUAUGAGUGCAUGCUGCAUCUCUCAUCUGCUGAUGUAGUUUGGCUACCUUCAGGAGUUCUAACAGUGGCGCUUAAAUAGACGGUGACAUUCCAUGCAGUUUGGUGAGGCUUAUGUGAAGAAACAUUUUGGCCAAAGUGAAAAAUUCAUUAGUGAACUGUUCAGUGUUUCUGGGUGGUCUCCUUGUACCUGUGCCUUAUGGUAUGGAUAUAAAAAUGGCCCAACGCUAAAAAGCCUGACUCAUAGUGACUGUAAAUGCAAAAGUCUUUCAAAAAUCAGAUUUAAGUUAUUUACAAAAAAAGUACGGAGACCUAGUUUCCAUUUUAUAUGGCUGAAGAAGGGGCAGCAAUGUCAAUGUUUGUUGGUCACCAACAUUGAAGAUCUGUGUUUUUUGUGCAUAAGUACAUUUAGUUUUUCCAUUGCCAAUAGAUAGGGAGCGUCUGACGUUGGGUAUAAAUCUGUCUUAGUAUAGUCUGGAAUUUGGAAACUGUGUUUGGAAAAUGUCUUCUGUCCCAUUUAUACAGGUCACUCUAUUGAGAAGUGUGGGUGUAGUUCUUAAUCCAAAACAGUCUGGUCCCAUGUGUUCAAACAUCAUUUACUUGAAUAAAAUGCCUCAAUAAAUCAUUUGGUACUGAUGAAGCCCUUUGCAAGAAAGUAGUUUUUUUAUCUUGCCUGGGGUUGGAUGAUCAUAUUCCAGUUCAACCACUCAGUAAAGAGCAUAGUAAGCUGUUUUGAAAAGCUGAAAUGGAAAAAAGUCAAGUCUUGACUUAUUUACAUGUUGAAAAUUGGUUCUGCAUGGAACAAUGUUCUGAAUUAAAAGGCAGGAUAGUGCCAAACACCAAAUGUUAUUAAGAAUGUGUACUGAUUUUAAUUAAACGUAAAUCAAAAUCAUUUGAUGUACCUUCUGAUGCACAUUGCUGUCCGCUAAAACAAACAUGAAAUUUAUCAUUAACUAGAAUAAUCUAAACCAGUCUCUGAGAGAUCACAUACCAGAACAGAUAUUUCAUUGGACAGUUGAAAUAUUUAUUCUGCACAUUUCCAUUUCAUUCUUGUUGCACAUUUGGGUCUUCAUGGCUUAAAAAAUCCUCAUGUUUUCUCUCCUGUACAGUACUUCAGAAUUUGUGAUUUAACAGUUUUAAAUUGGUGACAUUUUAAAAAUAUACCAGCUAACCCCAAGGAACUGUGGAUAACACUUCACAAUGCAAGUAGAAAGUUGCCAGUCUGGGAGGCAAAAACUCUAGGGCAUCGCUGAAAGUUUUAUUUUGACAAUAUUUUGUUCAAAAUAUCCUUAAUAUCAAUUGGGUGGAAAGUAAAAAUGAGCCUGUUCUUGAAACUGCUGUAUGUAAAUUUAUAAUGAUUUACCUGCUCAUUUUUUUAAAUAAGGAUACUAUUUGGAAUAUCAAAAUAUACCUUAAAAUUAGUAGCAUAUUUAAUACUGGGGUAUUUUUAAAUGGUAUAAGGAUUGCCUGUCUAGAAUUUUAUUGUAUUCAUUUUUUGUAAAUGGUUCUUCAAAUGAGCAAAAAAUAAUCUAAACCAGACUAACUAACCACAAACUAUUACUGCAGACUGUAAUAGUGUUUAGGUUCGUUUAUAAUUGAAACAGCUGGUAAUUUUGCAAAUGCUGUUAAUCUGUUAAUGCAUUGCUUCCAGAGCAGUUACCAUAACUUCAUCUUUUUAUGACAGUUCAGUCAUGGUCAAAUAGAACACCAAACAAUUCAGGUGUUCAGGUGGCAUUUUAAGACCUGUUCCAACAAUUUGAAAAUAUUUGAAAAGUUAUAGCAAGUUAUAUUCCUUCGUUUUCUUGUUUACAUCAUCCUAGUCUUUGGCAGGUUUUUUUUUUAUUUCCAUGGUUUGGUUAUUUUGCCCACUCUUAAUAACUGCCCUUCUGUUCAGACAUGCCAGUCAGUGAAGGUGCAUGGUCUGGAACAAUUCCAAUACUUUUCUGUCAUCACGUAACACUGCUGUGUGCCUCUGCGGUCUUCACUUGGGCAAUGUGUUUAUUGUGAAGAAAACGUCUCCACUAAGGAUAUUAUCUGCCUUUAUUGCAAAAAAACAUGUGCUUUCAUGCUGAGAAUGAAAUGUUUGUCCAUGCAUCAGUACUUUUUGUGGCUCCUGCUCUAGAAGUACAAAAAAGUUGAUUGAUUACUUUGCCCGCAAACCGGAUAUUUGGAUGCUUCUCGGCUAGACAUGUGAAAAGUAUAAUGUACUGUUUCCAACAUAAGCCUAUUGUACUUCAGUAUAUAAAAAAUCCCUUCUCAAGGGUGUAAUUUAAAAGCGGACCAUACAGUUUGUAGUUACAAUAGCACAGAAAGUAGCAUUAGUUUUCCAUAUAUUGCUUCUUUUUCUCACCAGACACAUGCAAUUUUUGUGUUUCAUUGUUUCCAUUUUGUCUUUCUAAAGGAAAGAUUUGCCAGUGUGCCAGUAGCUGUACUGUAGAUAUUGGCAGAAAUACAUUUCAAAAUCUCAAAUUGUAUUUGAGUGUUGCACAGUAUCAGUAUGUUGUAUAUUGUAGUAUAUAUGCUGCUUCACACAUUUCAGAAAGGACUAUCCUUUUAUCGUUUGCGGUUUUAACUACUUUAACCACUUAGUUGUUCAUAUUUGGAUUGAUAUAAUUUAAAGGAUUGUCUUUGCAGUUACUGGAAUAUAAUUUAAAUAAUUAAUGUCUAUCUGAAAGUAUAUCUUAUCCUUUUAUUGCAAUAAAAAUAUAGAAAGCAA